AGGAGAGAAGAGAGAGGACAGCUCCUGCUCUGACUCAGGCAGCUCUGUAGAGUCCAGCGAGGAGGAACCUGCCAUGUUCUCUAACUUUUUAAGUGGUGCGAAUCCCCUCAGCUCCGUCUCUUCUGCUGUCAGAGGAAGUCUGUUUGGGGAUAAUGCGGAGGGGGACAAACAGAAAGCAGGCACUCAGCAGCCUGGGUCAGGCCCUGGCCCUCGGAAGGCCCCGCAGCAGGGACAUAUGAAACAGGACCAGGCACCUCUUAAACAGGGAGGACCCCAGCUCCAGGGGAAUGGCCAGGCUGGUCAAGCAGACAAACCUAGCGAGCAGCAAGCCACCACUAAGGGUGGACCAAAACAGCAAGCCCCUGCUAAGGGUGGACCACAACAGGAAGCCCCUGAUAAGGGUGGAACUCAACAGCAAGGACCUCAUAAAGGUGGGCCUCAACAGGAAGGACCUGGUAAAGGAAGACUACAACAAGCCCUCCAGCAGCAAGGACCUCCUAAAGCUGGACCACAACAAGAUUCCCCUGUGGUAGGGGCUCAACAGCAAGCCCCUGCUAAGGGUGGACCACAACAACAAUGGUCACCUAAGGUUGGGGCUCAAGAACAAGCUCCUAAGGGUGGACCACAACAGCAAGGUUCGCCUAUGUUUGGAGCUCAACAGCAAGCCCCUGCUAAAAGUGGACCCCAACAGCAAGGUUCGCAUAAAGUUGGGGCUCAACAUCAAGGCUCUUACUAAAGUUGGACCCCAACAACAAGGUUCACCUAAGGUUGGAGCUCAACAGCAAGCCCCUUCUAAGGGUAGACCACAACAGCAAGGGUCCCCUAAGGUUGGAGUUCAGCAGCAGGGCUCCCCCAGGACUACACCACAGCAGCAGGCUUCUGGUAAACCUGGGACUCAGUCUAAUGCUGGACCUAUGGCUGGAUCUAAACACCUGUGUCCAGUGUGUAACACUACUGGACUCAACCUGAACACCAAGGAGCUACCCAACCAUAACACCUGCACACAGUGUAAGACUGUCGUCUGCAGCUUGUGUGGCUUCAGUCCUCCUGACUCGGGUGGUAAGGAGUGGCUAUGUCUGACCUGCCAGAUGCAGAGAGCACUCGGAGGCUCUUACCCACCUGGACCCCCUAAGAUGAAGCCCCAGCCUUCACCCAACAAAGCCUCUACAUCUCGUGCACCACAGAACAAAGACACUCCAACACCAGACUCCCCUCAGAGGAAACCUGCUACAUCAGCAACACAGCCACCCAAGACAGAGGUUGCUAAAGCAGCAGACCCCCAGAAACCUGCCAGCUCAGCUCCUGCUCAGAAGACAAUACAGGAGAACCGGAGAACAUCAGGGCUUCAGAAACCACCAGAGCAGCCAGGCCAAUCUGGGCUUAAGCAGAGUAAUGCUUCCCCAUCCACACAGCAGGAGCCUGGGAAGCCUCAAAGAAGUGGAGCCUCUCCUGCCAAAGCUGUGCCACCAGAGGCCCAGCCCACCAAGCAGGAGUCAGGGGGCUUCUUCGACUUUGGUGGUCCUAAAUCUCAGCCUGCCCCCUCAAAGCCUGAAGAGUCAGUGUCUGGGAAGAUGUUUGGCUUUGGCUCCUCUAUCUUCAGCUCUGCAUCCACUUUGAUCACCUCAGCUGUUCAUGAUGAGCCCCGCUUCACACCCCCAGCUUCCCCCAAGGUGUCUGCACCGGUCCAGGCCUCUCCCAAGAUGCCCCCUGCAAAGGAGAUCAAACCACCUGCUGCUCAGAGAGCAGAGGAGAAUAAAGCAGAGCAACCCCAGCAGGCCACGUUUCCCCCAUCAGUACAGGCCAAAGUGGACAAACUCCCAUCAGAGCCGCCAAAUGGAGCAGCAUCCUCCCAACCAGCUCCCAAAGCAGGCCAGUCCACCUGUCCACUCUGCAAGGUGGAAUUCAACAAGGGCUCCAAGGACCCUCCCAACUACAACACCUGCACAGAAUGCAAGAACACUGUCUGCAACCUCUGUGGAUUUAACCCUAUGCCACAUGUUACCGAGUUGAAGGAGUGGCUGUGUUUGAACUGCCAGACGAAGAGAAUGGAAUCCCCACGACCUCCCAUGAUAAAACCCCAACCUUCUCCCAACAACGGUUCUGCACCUCAGAGGACCACUGUCCCUCCCAGCACACCCCAAAAGAAAGGCACUCCAACACCAGACUCCCCUCAGAGGAAACCUGCUACAUCAGCAACACAGCCACCCAAGACAGAGGUUGCUAAAGCAGCAGACCCUCAGAAACCUGCCAGCUCAGCUCCUGCUCAGAAGACAAUACAGGAGAACCGGAGAACAUCAGGGCUUCAGAAACCACCAGAGCAGCCAGGCCAACCUGGGCUUAAGCAGAGUAAUGCUUCCCCAUCCACACAGCAGGAGCCUGGGAAGCCUCAAAGAAGUGGAGCCUCUCCUGCCAAAGCUGUGCCACCAGAGGCCCAGCCCACCAAGCAGGAGACAGGGGGCUUCUUCGACUUUGGUGGUCCUAAAUCUCAGCCUGCCCCCUCAAAGCCUGAAGAGUCAGUGUCUGGGAAGAUGUUUGGCUUUGGCUCCUCUAUCUUCAGCUCUGCAUCCACUUUGAUCACCUCAGCUGUUCAUGAUGAGCCCCGCUUCACACCCCCAGCUUCCCCCAAGGUGUCUGCACCGGUCCAGGCCUCUCCCAAGAUGCCCCCUGCAAAGGAGAUCAAACCACCUGCUGCUCAGAGAGCAGAGGAGAAUAAAGCAGAGCAACCCCAGCAGGCCACAUUUCCCCCAUCAUUACAGGCCAAAGUGGACAAACUCCCAUCAGAGCCUCCAAAUGGAGCAGCAUCCUCCCAACCAGCUCCCAAAGCAGGCCAGUCCACCUGUCCACUCUGCAAGGUGGAAUUCAACAAGGGCUCCAAGGACCCUCCCAACUACAACACCUGCACAGAAUGCAAGAACACUGUCUGCAACCUCUGUGGAUUUAACCCUAUGCCACAUGUUACCGAGUUGAAGGAGUGGCUGUGUUUGAACUGCCAGACGAAGAGAAUGGAAUCCCCACGACCUCCCAUGAUAAAACCCCAACCUUCUCCCAACAACGGUUCUGCACCUCAGAGGACCACUGUCCCUCCCAGCACACCCCAAAAGAAAGGCACUCCAACACCAGACUCCCCUCAGAGGAAACCUGCUACAUCAGCAACACAGCCACCCAAGACAGAGGUUGCUAAAGCAGCAGACCCUCAGAAACCUGCCAGCUCAGCUCCUGCUCAGAAGACAAUACAGGAGAACCGGAGAACAUCAGGGCUUCAGAAACCACCAGAGCAGCCAGGCCAACCUGGGCUUAAGCAGAGUAAUGCUUCCCCAUCCACACAGCAGGAGCCUGGGAAGCCUCAGCAACAGCCUCCAAAAAGUGGAGCCUCUCCUGCCAAAGCUGUGCCACCAGAGGCCCAGCCCACCAAAGAGCAGUCAGGGGGUUUCUCCGACUUUGCUGGUGCUAAAUCUCAGCCUGCUCAGUCAAAGCCUGAAGAGUCAGUGUCUGGGAAGAUGUUUGGCUUUGGCUCCUCUAUCUUCAGCUCUGCAUCCACUUUGAUCACCUCAGCUGUUCAUGAUGAGCCCCGCUUCACACCGCCAGCUUCCCCCAAGGUGUCUGCACCAGCCUCUCCCAAGAUGCCCCCUGCAAAGGAGAUCAAACCACCUGCUGCUCGGAGAGCAGAUGAGAAGAAAGCAGAGCAUCCCCAGCAGGCCACGUUUCCCCCAUCAGUACAGGCCAAAGUGGACAAACCCCCAUCAGAGCCUCCAAAUGGAGCAGCAUCCUCCCAACCAGCUCCCAAAGCAGGCCAAUCCACCUGUCCACUCUGCAAGGUGGAACUCAACAAGGGCUCCAAGGACCCUCCCAACUACAACACCUGCACAGAAUGCAAGAACACUGUCUGCAACCUCUGUGGAUUUAACCCCAUGCCACAUGUUUCUGAGGUGAAGGAGUGGCUGUGCCUGAACUGUCAGAUGCAGAGAGCACUAGGAGGAAUGGAAGAUCCAGAACAUCCCAUGAUGAAACCCAAACCUUCACCCAACCAAGUCUCAGCUCCUGCUGCUCCUCGAAAUAAAGACACUCCAACAUCAUCUGGUCCCUAUAAAGUAGCCACUGCACCAGCUUCACCCAAAAAGGAGCCAGUGACUCGAACCUCUCAGCCUGUCCCCUCAAAACCUAAAGACUCUGUGUCUGGGAAGAUGUUUGGCUUUGGCUCCUCCAUCUUUAGCUCUGCAUCCACGUUGAUCACCUCAGCUGUUCAGGAUGAGCCCCACACCACACCGCCAGCUUCUCCCAAGGUGUCUACAACAGCCCAUGCCUCUCCCAAGAUGCCCCCUGCAAAGGAGAUCAAACCACCUGCUGCUCAGAAAGCAGAGGAGAAGAAAGCAGAGCAAUCACAGCAGGUCAAGGUUCCCCCAUCAGUACAUGCCAAAGUGGACAAACCCCCAUCAGCUCCUCCAAAGGGAGCAGCAUCCUCCCAACCAGCUCCUAAAGCAGGCCAGUCCACUUGUCCACUAUGCAAGGUGGAACUCAACAAGGGCUCCAAGGACCCUCCCAACUACAACACCUGCACAGAAUGCAAGAACACUGUCUGCAACCUCUGUGGAUUUAACCCCAUGCCACAUGGAUCAGAGGUGAAGGAGUGGCUGUGUCUGAACUGCCAGAUGCAGAGAGCUCUUGGAGGAAUGGAACCCCCUGGAACUCCCAUGAUGAAACACUCGAUCAGCAAAGUCUUGACACCUGUUGCUCCUCAAAAGAAGGACACUCUCACCCCUGCUGGUGUUCCAAAAGUGGCCACUUCACCAACCUCACUGAAAAUGGAGCCAGUGACUCGAGCCUCUCAGCCUGUCCCCUCAAAGCCUGAAGACUCUGUGUCUGGGAAGAUGUUUGGCUUUGGUUCCUCCAUCUUCAGCUCUGCAUCCACGUUGAUCACCUCAGAUGUUCAAGACGAGUCCCACACCACACCGCCAGCUUCCCCCAAGGUGUCUGCAGCAGCCCAGGCCUCUCCCAAGAUGCCCCCUGCAAAGGAGACCAAACCACCUGCUGCUCAGAAUGCAGAGGAGAAGAAAGCAGCGCAUCCCCAGAAGGCCAAUGUCCCCCCAUCAGUACAUGCCAAAGUGGACAAACCACCAUCAGCAUUCUCCCAACCAGCACCCAAAGCAGGCCAAUCUACCUGUCCACUCUGCAAGGUGGAACUCAACAUGGGCUCCAAGGACCCUCCCAACUACAACACCUGCAUAGAAUGCAAGAACACUGUCUGCAACCUCUGUGGAUUCAACCCCAUACCAAACGUUCCUGAGGUGAAGGAAUGGCUGUGUCUGAACUGCCAGAUGCAGAGAGCACUUGGAGGAAUGGAACCCCCAGGACCUCCCAUGAUGAAACCCCAACCCUUGCCCAGCAAGGUCUCUACACCUGUUGCUCUUCAAAAGGAGGAUGCUACAUCUGCUGAAUUUCAAAAGGAAAAGGAGACUACCAUAACUGCUGCAGAUCUGCUGAAGGUCACCCCCACACUCCAAAAAGAGGAGACAACCACACUUGCUGCACCACAAAAGGAGGCUCGAUUGCCAGCCUCCUCCAAAAUGUCACCACAAAAUAAAAAUAAUCCUGCACCACCAGGUGUGUCCCUUGUGAAUGAGGUCCCGAUCCCAGCUUUACCUGUCAAUAAGAUUUCUGCCUUUCUCAUCAAGGAGGCACCAACACCUGCCUCAGAUCUCACCAAGGAGGAACCAACUCCUGCCUACCCUCUCAUUAAGAAGGCACAAACUGCUGCCUCCCCUAUCAUCAAGGAGGCACGAACUCCUGCCUCAGCUCUCAUCAAGGAGGAACAAACUCCUGCCUCCCCUCUCAUCAAGGAGGCACCGACUCCUUUUUUACCAUUCAAGGUGGUCCGUGCUUCACCUCUCAACAAGGAGGCACCAUCACCAGCCUCACCAGCCUCACCCCAAAAGAAGAAGGAACCUCAACUGCCAGGUUCACCAGACAGAAAGGUGGCCCCAAAACCAGAUUCAAUGCAAGAUAAAGAGGUUGAUCCAUCUGGUUUACCUCUGAAGAAGGAAGCCCCACCUUUGGGAGCAGAAGAAACUAAAGAGGUCCAAGCUCCAGCUGCAAUACAGAGCAAUGAGGCCCCCAUUCCAAGUUCAUCCAAAACAAAAGACACUCCAACAGUUCACACCCCACUUAAAAACGAGACUUCAUCUAUUGAGAUGUCAAUAGAAAACCAGAAACAUGCAAUUGUUCAAAAGUCAGUGGAGCAAUCAGCAACACCUACAACCAAGCAAAAUGAGACUGUUCAACCUUUACAGCAGCCAGAAAAUCAAAUGCCUGCGUGGGAACAGCUGGCAACACAGCCCCUGCCACAAGUACAGCCUCAGGAAACUCCAUACCCUAAAAUCACUUCCCCAAAGCAGGAGCCUAGGAAACCAGCCAAUCCAGCACCUGCUCAGAAGUCACCACAGAUGUCAAGAACAUCAGAACCUAAGACACCACCACAGCAGCCCAGAAUUCCUGGGCGUAGGCAGAGUAGUGUCAUCUUAGCAACACAGCAACCUCCCAAGCAGGAAUCCGGAGGCUUAUUUGGCUUUGGUGGUCCCAAAUCUCAGUCUACCCCUUCAAAACCUGAAGAAUCAGCUUCUCCCAAGGUGUCUGCACCAGCCUCUCCCAAGAUGCCACCUACAAAGGAGACAAAACCACUUGCUGUUCAGAAUGCAGAAAAGAAAGCAGAGCAACCUCAGCAGGCCAAGGUCCCCCCAUCAGUACAGGCCAAAGUGGACAAACCCCAAUCAGAACCUCAACCUCAAAAGGGAGCAGCAUCCUCCCAACCAGCUCCCAAAGCAUACCAGUCCACUUGCCCACUCUGCAAGGUGGAACUCAACAUGGGAUCCAAGGACCCUUCCAACUACAACACCUGCACUGAAUGCAAGAACACUGUUUGCAACGUCUGUGGAUUCAACCCCAUGCCGAAUGUUACAGAGGUGAAUGAGUGGCUGUGUCUGAACUGUCAGAUGCAGAGAGCACUAGGAGGAAUGGAAUCUCCUGGACCUCCCAUGAUGAAACCCUCGCCAAGCAAAGUCUCCACAUCUGCUGCUUCUCAAAAAUACACUGUCGGACCUGUUACAACUCAAAAUGAGAAUCCCACACCAGCUGGUCAACAAAAAGUGGCUCCUACACCAGCCUCACCCAGAAAAGAGCCAGUGACUUCUGCCUCUCAACCCGCUCCCUCAAAGCUGAAAGAGUCAGUGUCUGGGAAGAUGUUUGGCUUUGGUUCCUCCAUCUUCACCUCUGCAUCCACUUUGAUGACCUCAACUGUUCAGGAUGAGCCCCGCACCACAACGCCAGCUUCUCCCAAGUUUGCUAUACCUGUUGGACCUAAACAGAAAGAUACUCCCAGACCUGCUGGUCUCAAACAAGUGGACCAUAAAACAGCCUCACCCAAAAAGGUGUCAAUGACUCCUGCUUCAGAGAAAGACAACAAGACCCUAGCACCAGGCUCACCACAGAAGGAGGCAUCUCCAGCAAUGGCUUCACAGCAGGACCAGAAGCCAGUGGACAAACCAACUACAACCCUUAUCCAAAAACCUAUACAGCAGAAGACUCCACAACAACAAGGCCAGCCUCCUCGGCCCCUAGCAGAGCCUUUGAAGCUUCAGCAACAGCUUCCAAAAGGUGGAGCCUCUAAUGCCAUAACUGUACCAGCACCACAGUCCCAGCCCCACAAGCAAGAGUCAGGAGGCUUCUUUGGCUUUGGUGGUGCUAAAUCUCAGCCUGCUCAGUCAAAGCCUGAAGACUCAGUGUCUGGGAAGAUGCUUGGCUUUGGCUCCUCUAUCUUCAGCUCUGCAUCCACUUUGAUCACCUCAGCUGUUCAGGAUGAGCACCGCACCACACCUCCAGCUUCCCCCAAGGUGUCUAUGACUCCUGCUUCAGUGAAAGAGACCCCAGCAGCAGGCUCAUCACAGAAGAAGGAGGUAUCCCCGACAGUGGUUUGCCAGCAGGACCAGAAGCCAGUGGACAGACCGACUCCAACACUUGUCCAACAACCUCCACAACAGAAGACUCUACAACAACAAGGACAGCCUCCGCAGCCCUCAGCAGAGGCACCAAAAUCAGAGCCUGAUAUAUCAAUAGUUGAAGCUGCUACAGCAGCAGACACUCAAAAUCCGGCAAGCCCAGUGCCUGCUCAGAAGGCUCCACUGGAGAACCGGAGAACAUCAGAACCUCAUAAACCACCACAGCAGCCCAGCCCUGGGCGUAGGGAGAGUAGUGCCUUCCCAGCCACAAAGCAACCCCCCAAGCAGGAAUCAGGAGGCUUAUUUGGCUUUGGAGGUCCCAAAUCUCAGUCUGUCUCCUCAAAGCCUGAAGAGUCAGUGUCUGGGAAGAUGUUUGGCUUUGGCUCGUCCAUCUUCAGCUCUGCCUCCACUUUGAUAACAUCAGUUGUUCAGGAUGAGCCCCGGACCACACCGCCAGCUUCCCCCAAGAUGUCUGCACUGGCCCAGACCUCCCCCAAGAUGCCCCCUGCAAAGGAGACCAAACUACCUGCUGCUCAGAAAGCAGAGGAGAAGAAAGCAGCUCAUCCUCAGAAGGCCAAUGUCCCCCCAUCAGUACAUGCCAAAGUGGACAAACCCCCAUCAGCUCCUCCAAAGGGAGCAGCAUCCUCCCAACCAGCACCCAAAGCAGGCCAAUCUACUUGUCCACUCUGCAAGGUGGAACUCAACAAGGGCUCCAAGGACCCUCCCAACUACAACACCUGCACAGAAUGCAAGAACACUGUCUGCAACCUCUGUGGAUUUAACCCCAUGCCACAUGAAACAGUGAAGGAAUGGCUCUGUCUGACCUGCCAGAUGCAGAGAGCACUUGGAGCAGUGGGACCCCCAGGACCUCCCAUGAUGAAAUCCCAACCGUUGCCCAGCAUAGUCUCUACACCUGUUGCACUUCAAAAGGAGAAUGUCACACCUGCUGCAUCUCCAAAGCCGACUCCAGCUCCAGCUAAACCCCAGAAGGAGGAGAUCCCAGUACCUGCGGCUGGCCAACAAGAGAUCACUCCACCCACUGUACCUCAGGAGACACCAAUUCCCGCUGGAACCCCAGCACCAAAUGCAGACAAAAAGGAGGAGACCCCACCACUAGGAUCCUCACAAAAUAAACAAGCUUCACCUCCUCUGGCUGAGAAGGAGAAUCAAGAACCUAUAAUUGUACAGAAACCAGUGGACCAACCAAUUCCAGCAACACCCAAAACCAGUGGAGCUGCUACACCUGUACAGCAGCCAGAAAAGAAAACUCCACCACUGCAACAGCCUGCUUCAAAGGCAUCACAACAAGUACAGCCCCAGCAAGCUCCAAAGCCAGACCUCGAAACUGCUCCCCUAAAGGAGCCAAUGACUCCUGCUUCAGAGAAAGAGAAGAAGAACCCAGCACCAGGGUCACCACAGAAGGAAUUAUCUCCAGCAGUGGCUUCACAGCAGGACAAAACGCCAGUGGACAAAUCAACUCCAACCCCUGUCCAACAUCCUCCACACCAAGAGACUCCACAACAACAAGAGCAACAACGUCAGCUUCUAACAGCGACACCGAAAGGAGAGCCUGGGAAGCCUCAACAACAGCUUCCAAAAGGUGGAGCCUCUUAUGCAAAAUCUGUACCAUCACCACAGGCCCAGCCCCCCAAGCAGGAGUCAGGAGGCUUCUUUGGCUUUGGUGGUGCUAAAUCUCAGCCUGCUCAGUCAAAGCCUGAAGACUCAGUGUCUGGGAAGAUGCUAGGUUUUGGCUCCUCUAUCUUCAGCUCUGCAUCCACUUUGAUCACCUCAGCUGUUCAGGAUGAGCACCGCACCACACCUCCAGCUUCCCCCAAGGUGUCUAUGACUCCUGCUUCAGUGAAAGAGACCCCAGCAGCAGGCUCGUCACAGAAGAAGGAGGUAUCCCCGACAGUGGUUUGCCAGCAGGACCAGAAGCCAGUGGACAGACCGACUCCAACACUUGUCCAACAACCUCCACAACAGAAGACUCUACAACAACAAGGACAGCCUCCGCAGCCCUCAGCAGAGGCACCAAAAUCAGAGCCUGAUAUAUCAAUAGUUGAAGCUGCUACAGCAGCAGACACUCAAAAUCCGGCAAGCCCAGUGCCUGCUCAGAAGGCUCCACUGGAGAACCGGAGAACAUCAGAACCUCAUAAACCACCACAGCAGCCCAGCCCUGGGCGUAGGGAGAGUAGUGCCUUCCCAGCCACAAAGCAACCCCCCAAGCAGGAAUCAGGAGGCUUAUUUGGCUUUGGAGGUCCCAAAUCUCAGUCUGUCUCCUCAAAGCCUGAAGAGUCAGUGUCUGGGAAGAUGUUUGGCUUUGGCUCGUCCAUCUUCAGCUCUGCCUCCACUUUGAUAACAUCAGUUGUUCAGGAUGAGCCCCGGACCACACCGCCAGCUUCCCCCAAGAUGAGACCAAACUACCUGCUGCUCAGAAAGCAGAGGAGAAGAAAGCAGCUCAUCCUCAGAAGGCCAAUGUCCCCCCCAUCAGUACAUGCCAAAGUGGACAAACCCCCAUCAGCUCCUCCAAAGGGAGCAGCAUCCUCCCAACCAGCACCCAAAGCAGGCCAAUCUACUUGUCCACUCUGCAAGGUGGAACUCAACAAGGGCUCCAAGGACCCUCCCAACUACAACACCUGCACAGAAUGCAAGAACACUGUCUGCAACCUCUGUGGAUUUAACCCCAUGCCACAUGAAACAGUGAAGGAAUGGCUCUGUCUGACCUGCCAGAUGCAGAGAGCACUUGGAGCAGUGGGACCCCCAGGACCUCCCAUGAUGAAAUCCCAACCGUUGCCCAGCAUAGUCUCUACACCUGUUGCACUUCAAAAGGAGAAUGUCACACCUGCUGCAUCUCCAAAGCCGACUCCAGCUCCAGCUAAACCCCAGAAGGAGGAGAUCCCAGUACCUGCGGCUGGCCAACAAGAGAUCACUCCACCCACUGUACCUCAGGAGACACCAAUUCCCGCUGGAACCCCAGCACCAAAUGCAGACAAAAAGGAGGAGACCCCACCACUAGGAUCCUCACAAAAUAAACAAGCUUCACCUCCUCUGGCUGAGAAGGAGAAUCAAGAACCUAUAAUUGUACAGAAACCAGUGGACCAACCAAUUCCAGCAACACCCAAAACCAGUGGAGCUGCUACACCUGUACAGCAGCCAGAAAAGCAAACUCCUCCACUGCAACAGCCUGCUUCAAAGGCAUCACAACAAGUACAGCCCCAGCAAGCUCCAAAGCCAGACCUCGAAACUGCUCCCCUAAAGGAGCCAAUGACUCCUGCUUCAGAGAAAGAGAAGAAGAACCCAGCACCAGGGUCACCACAGAAGGAAUUAUCUCCAGCAGUGGCUUCACAGCAGGACAAAAUGCCAGUGGACAAAUCAACUCCAACCCCUGUCCAACAUCCUCCACACCAAGAGACUCCACAACAACAAGAGCAACAACGUCAGCUUCUAACAGCGACACCGAAAGGAGAGCCUGGGAAGCCUCAACAACAGCUUCCAAAAGGAGGAGCCUCUUAUGCAAAAUCUGUACCAUCACCACAGGCCCAGCCCCCCAAGCAGGAGUCAGGAGGCUUCUUUGGCUUUGGUGGUGCUAAAUCUCAGCCUGCUCAGUCAAAGCCUGAAGACUCAGUGUCUGGGAAGAUGCUAGGUUUUGGCUCCUCUAUCUUCAGCUCUGCAUCCACUUUGAUCACCUCAGCUGUUCAGGAUGAGCACCGCACCACACCUCCAGCUUCCCCCAAGGUGUCUAUGACUCCUGCUUCAGUGAAAGAGACCCCAGCAGCAGGCUCGUCACAGAAGAAGGAGGUAUCCCCGACAGUGGUUUGCCAGCAGGACCAGAAGCCAGUGGACAGACCGACUCCAACACUUGUCCAACAACCUCCACAACAGAAGACUCUACAACAACAAGGACAGCCUCCGCAGCCCUCAGCAGAGGCACCAAAAUCAGAGCCUGAUAUAUCAAUAGUUGAAGCUGCUACAGCAGCAGACACUCAAAAUCCGGCAAGCCCAGUGCCUGCUCAGAAGGCUCCACUGGAGAACCGGAGAACAUCAGAACCUCAUAAACCACCACAGCAGCCCAGCCCUGGGCGUAGGGAGAGUAGUGCCUUCCCAGCCACAAACUUCCCCCAAGAUGUCUGCACUGGCCCAGACCUCCCCCAAGAUGCCCCCUGCAAAGGAGACCAAACUACCUGCUGCUCAGAAAGCAGAGGAGAAGAAAGCAGCGCAUCCUCAGAAGGCCAAUGUCCCCCCCCAUCAGUACAUGCCAAAGUGGACAAACCCCCAUCAGCUCCUCCAAAGGGAGCAGCAUCCUCCCAACCAGCACCCAAAGCAGGCCAAUCUACUUGUCCACUCUGCAAGGUGGAACUCAACAAGGGCUCCAAGGACCCUCCCAACUACAACACCUGCACAGAAUGCAAGAACACUGUCUGCAACCUCUGUGGAUUUAACCCCAUGCCACAUGAAACAGUGAAGGAAUGGCUCUGUCUGACCUGCCAGAUGCAGAGAGCACUUGGAGCAGUGGGACCCCCAGGACCUCCCAUGAUGAAAUCCCAACCGUUGCCCAGCAUAGUCUCUACACCUGUUGCACUUCAAAAGGAGAAUGUCACACCUGCUGCAUCUCCAAAGCCGACUCCAGCUCCAGCUAAACCCCAGAAGGAGGAGAUCCCAGUACCUGCGGCUGGCCAACAAGAGAUCACUCCACCCACUGUACCUCAGGAGACACCAAUUCCCGCUGGAACCCCAGCACCAAAUGCAGACAAAAAGGAGGAGACCCCACCACUAGGAUCCUCACAAAAUAAACAAGCUUCACCUCCUCUGGCUGAGAAGGAGAAUCAAGAACCUAUAAUUGUACAGAAACCAGUGGACCAACCAAUUCCAGCAACACCCAAAACCAGUGGAGCUGCUACACCUGUACAGCAGCCAGAAAAGCAAACUCCUCCACUGCAACAGCCUGCUUCAAAGGCAUCACAACAAGUACAGCCCCAGCAAGCUCCAAAGCCAGACCUCGAAACUGCUCCCCUAAAGGAGCCAAUGACUCCUGCUUCAGAGAAAGAGAAGAAGAACCCAGCACCAGGGUCACCACAGAAGGAAUUAUCUCCAGCAGUGGCUUCACAGCAGGACAAAAUGCCAGUGGACAAAUCAACUCCAACCCCUGUCCAACAUCCUCCACACCAAGAGACUCCACAACAACAAGAGCAACAACGUCAGCUUCUAACAGCGACACCGAAAGGAGAGCCUGGGAAGCCUCAACAACAGCUUCCAAAAGGUGGAGCCUCUUAUGCAAAAUCUGUACCAUCACCACAGGCCCAGCCCCCCAAGCAGGAGUCAGGAGGCUUCUUUGGCUUUGGUGGUGCUAAAUCUCAGCCUGCUCAGUCAAAGCCUGAAGACUCAGUGUCUGGGAAGAUGCUAGGUUUUGGCUCCUCUAUCUUCAGCUCUGCAUCCACUUUGAUCACCUCAGCUGUUCAGGAUGAGCACCGCACCACACCUCCAGCUUCCCCCAAGGUGUCUAUGACUCCUGCUUCAGUGAAAGAGACCCCAGCAGCAGGCUCGUCACAGAAGAAGGAGGUAUCCCCGACAGUGGUUUGCCAGCAGGACCAGAAGCCAGUGGACAGACCGACUCCAACACUUGUCCAACCUUCACAACAGAAGACUCUACAACAACAAGGACAGCCUCCGCAGCCCUCAGCAGAGGCACCAAAAUCAGAGCCUGAUAUAUCAAUAGCUGAAGCUGCUACAGCAGCAGACACUCAAAAUCCGGCAAGCCCAGUGCCUGCUCAGAAGGCUCCACUGGAGAACCGGAGAACAUCAGAACCUCAUAAACCACCACAGCAGCCCAGCCCUGGGCGUAGGGAGAGUAGUGCCUUCCCAGCCACAAAGCAACCCCCCAAGCAGGAAUCAGGAGGCUUAUUUGGCUUUGGAGGUCCCAAAUCUCAGUCUGCCUCCUCAAAGCCUGAAGAGUCAGUGUCUGGGAAGAUGUUUGGCUUUGGCUCGUCCAUCUUCAGCUCUGCCUCCACUUUGAUAACAUCAGUUGUUCAGGAUGAGCCCCGACCACACCGCCAGCUUCCCCCAAGAUGUCUGCACUGGCCCAGACCUCCCCAAGAUGCCCCUGCAAAGGAGACCAAACUACCUGCUGCUCAGAAAGCAGAGGAGAAGAAAGCAGCGCAUCCUCAGAAGGCCAAUGUCCCCCCAUCAGUACAUGCCAAAGUGGACAAACCCCCAUCAGCACCUCCAAAGGGAGCAGCAUCCUCCCAACCAGCACCCAAAGCAGGCCAAUCUACUUGUCCACUCUGCAAGGUGGAACUCAACAAGGGCUCCAAGGACCCUCCCAACUACAACACCUGCACAGAAUGCAAGAACACUGUCUGCAACCUCUGUGGAUUUAACCCCAUGCCACAUGAAACAGUGAAGGAAUGGCUCUGUCUGACCUGCCAGAUGCAGAGAGCACUUGGAGCAGUGGGACCCCCAGGACCUCCCAUGAUGAAAUCCCAACCGUUGCCCAGCAUAGUCUCUACACCUGUUGCACUUCAAAAGGAGAAUGUCACACCUGCUGCAUCUCCAAAGCCGACUCCAGCUCCAGCUAAACCCCAGAAGGAGGAGAUCCCAGUACCUGCGGCUGGCCAACAAGAGAUCACUCCACCCACUGUACCUCAGGAGACACCAAUUCCCGCUGGAACCCCAGCACCAAAUGCAGACAAAAAGGAGGAGACCCCACCACUAGGAUCCUCACAAAAUAAACAAGCUUCACCUCCUCUGGCUGAGAAGGAGAAUCAAGAACCUAUAAUUGUACAGAAACCAGUGGACCAACCAAUUCCAGCAACACCCAAAACCAGUGGAGCUGCUACACCUGUACAGCAGCCAGAAAAGCAAACUCCUCCACUGCAACAGCCUGCUUCAAAGGCAUCACAACAAGUACAGCCCCAGCAAGCUCCAAAGCCAGACCUCGAAACUGCUCCCCUAAAGGAGCCAAUGACUCCUGCUUCAGAGAAAGAGAAGAAGAACCCAGCACCAGGGUCACCACAGAAGGAAUUAUCUCCAGCAGUGGCUUCACAGCAGGACAAAAUGCCAGUGGACAAAUCAACUCCAACCCCUGUCCAACAUCCUCCACACCAAGAGACUCCACAACAACAAGAGCAACAACGUCAGCUUCUAACAGCGACACCGAAAGGAGAGCCUGGGAAGCCUCAACAACAGCUUCCAAAAGGUGGAGCCUCUUAUGCAAAAUCUGUACCAUCACCACAGGCCCAGCCCCCCAAGCAGGAGUCAGGAGGCUUCUUUGGCUUUGGUGGUGCUAAAUCUCAGCCUGCUCAGUCAAAGCCUGAAGACUCAGUGUCUGGGAAGAUGCUAGGUUUUGGCUCCUCUAUCUUCAGCUCUGCAUCCACUUUGAUCACCUCAGCUGUUCAGGAUGAGCACCGCACCACACCUCCAGCUUCCCCCAAGGUGUCUAUGACUCCUGCUUCAGUGAAAGAGACCCCAGCAGCAGGCUCGUCACAGAAGAAGGAGGUAUCCCCGACAGUGGUUUGCCAGCAGGACCAGAAGCCAGUGGACAGACCGACUCCAACACUUGUCCAACAACCUUCACAACAGAAGACUCUACAACAACAAGGACAGCCUCCGCAGCCCUCAGCAGAGGCACCAAAAUCAGAGCCUGAUAUAUCAAUAGUUGAAGCUGCUACAGCAGCAGACACUCAAAAUCCGGCAAGCCCAGUGCCUGCUCAGAAGGCUCCACUGGAGAACCGGAGAACAUCAGAACCUCAUAAACCACCACAGCAGCCCAGCCCUGGGCGUAGGGAGAGUAGUGCCUUCCCAGCCACAAAGCAACCCCCCAAGCAGGAAUCAGGAGGCUUAUUUGGCUUUGGAGGUCCCAAAUCUCAGUCUGCCUCCUCAAAGCCUGAAGAUUGUUCAGGAUGA